AUGAAGGCCAUUCGCCUGGUGGUGCGCUCCUCGAAGGCCACGCGCCUCAACCGCUUCACCCGGAUGGUGCGGGUCUCCGCGAUGCUGCCUCGCAUGUUCAACGCGGCGAAGGGAAAGCCGGACGAAGGCAGCAAGGAUGUAGAGAACCUGUUGGAGAGGAAACUCCACCGGUUGUUCAUGUACUUAGACAAGGACAACGACGGCAUGGUCUCUGCUGAGAUGGUGGAUGUCAUCGUCCGGCGCAUCAUCAAGAAGCGAAGGAGAAGGCGGAGCCUUACGCGGCUCUUCACCAGCAAGCUGGGCGGACCCCAGAACUCGCCAGGGCAGAACUCCGAGGAGAACUCGGACGAGGCGGAGCCCCCCUGCACCGUGGCACAUUUUCGGCCGCGCAGCCGCAGCGUGACUAUCCGCAGCGAAAGGACGAACCAGGAGGAUGGCACGCAGAGCGCCCCCUUCGGGGGGAUCUCCACCUCCUUGAGCCAGCAGAAAAGCAGCCAGGCGCUGCAGGAGCUGACCAGACGGCGGAGCCGGAGCGUCACCAUCCGAACGGAAGACUGCCACGACGGCACGAACAGCUCCGCGGCUGCCCACCCCGACAUGGACGGGUCGACCAGCUCCGCGGUGAUGUUGCCGCAACGCCUGCAGAGGAUGCAGACCUACCACACCGUGACCAGCGGUCAGAGCAGCCAGGCCUUGCAGGUCCAUCCCAGCUUCCACACGGACGGAGCGCAGAGCGAUCAGUUGGGCACGCUCUCGAUGACGAGGGCCGCGAGCGACCCAGGCGACGAAGCCGAGGCGGCGCGCAAGCGCCGCGCGUGGUCCAAGAAGAGCUCGCUGAGCUCGGCGUCGCUGCGGCGCAGCGCCUCGGCGGCCUCCAUGGAGUCCGACGACGAGGAGACGCUGCAGUUCAGCGCCUUCCGGGAGCGAGUACUGGAGGAUGAGCUGGUGAAGAGCAAGCUGGUGUACGCAUGCCAGAGCCAGCUGGGCAAGGGCGCCAGCAUGAAGAACAUCGGCAGGAGCCAUGUGGAGGACGUGGGCGUCAAGGUCGCUCUACUGGUGAUUCUUCUGCUCUUCGUCCUCAGCUUUGUGGCGCCCACCACCAAGGACCGCUCCAUGCCCAUGGUGUUGGAGCAGCUGGACCUUGAGGCCUCGUACCGCUUCAGCGACUGGAACGCCUCCACGCUGCCGCAGGAUCUUCUGGAGGCGUCGGUGCUAUGGAAGGAGGGGAUGAGGCAGUCGAUGCCGGAGCCCACGCUGCUCUACCUGGACCUCAACGCCCGGGUGCUGUGCAGCGAGAUGGGCGGCGUCGAUGCGCUGAAAUGCUCCCAGCUGGCCGUCGACUCCUUGGCACCGUGGCCCUCGCGCACCACCCUCGACCAGAUCGACGCGGCCAUCAAGGCCUCGCCCUACAGGACAGAUGACAUCGAAAUGAUUCGGCAGCCUGUGCUGGACCACGUGGACACGUCGCUGGACUUGGACGCCGCAGUGCGCUCCAUAGCCCUGGUGAGCGUGCGCGAGUUGAACGAGCAGGAUUAG